AUGUCUACUGGGAGUGAUCAAUGUCGUGUUCAUAUGGAUGGAGAAAUCCUGGACUUUGGGUUACGAUACGCAGUAUAUGGAACCGCGUUGUUGACGUUAGGACUUGGCUGCAUCUCUAUGAUCAACGUCAGUCGUGCGGUCACAAGAGAAGAGCAAGAAACCGCCAGUCCCGGCGGCAUUAAAGCCGAUGACGAGAUGUACAGGAAUAUCCGGUCUCAUAAGAAGAUUGUUCGUCCUGUCAGUACCACUCUUAAUUUGAUGGGAGUGGCCAUGGUUGGCGCAGCAUUUAUCUACCAAUCCAACACCGUUCAAUCACGAGUAGCACCCAAAAUGCAACAAACCUCGGGUUCAUCCAAGGGAGGGUCUUUCACUCUUUUUCACGCCUAUACUCUGCUAUCCUUACUGUGGCUUAUUACUUUGGUUGGGAUGAUGAUUCACGUACAAACAUGGGUAUUCAACGUCAUUCGUCGCAGAUCCGUGAUCGACAAGGACAAGAUGCGAUUCAUUAACUCUAUAUGGAACGGUACACAUUGGUACCUUCUUCAAGUGGAAUUGCUCGGAGUCUAUGGAUUCUAUGUCUCGACAAACCGUGACAAGUUCCCUGAGCCACUUUGCAAGAUUCCGGUUUUCAAUGAACCCGGCUUCAGAAUUUUCGCGAGGGUGGUAUACGUCAUCGCCAUGAUCCCUAUCGUGAAUGUAUUAAUAUUAUGCGGGCUUCUGGUCGGGACAGUCUGGGUCAUGAGCUGGGUCGCCACACUUCUUCGAAACCAUGACUCAAAGGGGCGGACCGUGUCUCCCAUGGUGUUCAAUUUCUUUUGGCUUUUUGUCUGUGGGAUUAUUGUCUUGGCUAUCGGUGUCACAACCGAAAUACUGCUUUUCGCCAACACCGAUGGCCAGAGUGUUUGGUCCUUUGGUAGUUUACUAGCCCUUAUCCUGUUGGUUGUACCGGCCGAAACAUUCGUCGGAGAACUCUACUCUAUGGUGGUCCCAGAAAAAGUACGAUACAACUUCAGAACCACGCUUGGAACCUACAGUCGGCGAUCAUCACAGCAUGGCUCGAUUCAUCACGUCCAAGACGAGAGCUUGUCUCAAUAUCGACCUUUGUGGUUGUCGAGCCAUCCUGAUGUAAUUGAUCUUGGAACUCGACUCGCCAUAUACUCGUACGCGGGUUGUUCAGCAAUCCUCGGUUUUCUGACCUUGUUGGGUACCGGCCAAAGGCGAUACAUACAAGAAGAAGAGGAAGCACAGGCUUAUACUGACAAGGUUGUCAAACACAUAAAAGAUGUCAAUUUUGCAGUGGCAACGUCAACACUAACUGGAAUAGCGCUCAUUAUCGCUGCUCUCUUCCACCAGCAUUAUUUCCAUACUUUAACCCUUUUUCACGCAUAUAUCGUGCUCUUACUGUUAUGGGUGAUUACUCUCACUGGGAUGUGGUUUGUUAUUCAUGCAUGGGUAUUCGACAUUCUGACGAGGGACAAACGACGAAUGAAUACGUUCGGAUUCUGGAAGCGCAUAGUAUACCAGUCUAAAUGGUUCACUAUCCAGUUUAGUCUAAUGGGCGGUUACGGACUUUACGUCACAAUUCGGCGUGGAGACUUUCAGCCAUCAGACUGCGUCCCAUGGGUCUUCAAACACCAACUCUUGAGUGCUUUUGUGUACGGCUUCGCUGCGUUUCCCAUCCUGAACUCGUGCAUGCUUUUCAUCAUCACGAGCCUUUUGGUUUGGAUUGUUAGCGUUGUCGUAGCUUUGUGCUCCUAUAGAGGGUGGAGGGGACAAGUGAACCCCGUCGUAUUCUGCUUCUUCUGGCUACUGGAGUACACCUUGAUCAUAGGAGGUAUAGUUCUCACCAUCGAGCUGCAGCUGAGGGAAAUCACAGAGGAAGAGUCUUUACCUUCACCCUUUGGGAGCACCUUGGCAAUUGCUCUCGUUAUAGUUCCAUUGCAACUCGUAUUAGAAAGAAUUUGGCAAAUGGUCUCGCAUGAUUACGAGACAUCGCUAAGGCAAAACCGUCAUUCUGGGAUCGGGACGAAUGAAUCACAGCCAUUCAUGCAUGGCCAAGAAUCAAAUAGUGGAAUAACGACAACUAGGUACACUCGGUAUCUUCAGGAAGCUACAAUAGCUAUGGAAGCAGGCCACCUCCCUAUCAUCGAUGAACAAAUGGGCGAUCGUUUUAGCGGAGAUCUAUGGACUUUAUGA